AUGGGCGCGGCGCCCUCCGGGGAGGCCGCCGCCAGCAGCGCCGCGCAGGGCAGCCCGGCCGGGCCAGAGCGCCCCGGGCUGGCCUCGUGGGCGUCGAUGGCCGACUUGGCGCUGGCCACUCGCAGGAUGAAAGUCAUUCCAUCGCUGCCCGCCGAGUGCCAGGUCGAGGCGCUGCGGGCACUCUGGCGCAACCUGCGCUGGGUGCAGGCAGGCACACCACUGCUGCGCCCGAGCGAGCCCAACGACCGCAUGAUUGUGAUCGUCCAGGGCGAGGCAGAGGCAGUCUUUGGCGGCUACGACCUGGCGCACAUCCCACUCCUGCCAGCAGGAUCCUUCGUGGGGGAGGCCGCGCUGGUGGUGCCCAGCAGCGCCGGCGUGGCGGACUCCAGCCACCUCCAUCUGCCUCAUCUGGCUCCCGAGCGCUUACGACCACUUCGCUGCCUCAGGCGGCGAGCCCUGUUGCCAGGACCAUUGCAAGCCGAGGUGGAGAGCUUUUUGCGGACCAGCCGGGGAUUGAAGUUCAAGGGAUGGGUGCGCACCACUCGAGAGUCGCUCGUGGCGGAUCUCACCCGGAAGGAGUUCCUGGCAGCCGUCGCGAGGCACGACGCGGGGUCAGCGAGUGGCCUCUCGGAGUUGGCGCAUGUCCACUGCAACGUGUGGCAAAACGUGAAGACGUUCGGGGAGCGCCGCGAGCUGGGGGCCCAGGACUUUGCAGCCCUUCGGGUCGUCUGCGAGGGCCCCACGAGGGUUUCCUGCGCGGGCUUCCAGCGCGGCGCUGAGGUGGCGUGGGGCGCGCUGCUUGCAGACGGCCCCUUUGGCGCAUGCGCGGGACCAAGUCGCGCGGCCGCCAGGGCGGCGCCAGCUUGA